CGUGAUCCCUAACCUCUGUCUCUCUCCUUAAAGUACACGGUGCCAAAUUGAAGAGCUCGAAUCGAAAAAACCCACCCGGGCGAAGUUCGUAACUCGCGUGGAACGAUUGCAAUUUGAUAGCGCGAGGAUGCAGAUGCGAGGAGUCCCGAAGACAUCAAUCACGCAGAGUUCACCCGCGGCGAAUAUGAGAAAGAAAGGAUUAUAUUGAUGAAAAAGCCUACGUGCUUGGAAAAGAAUGCUGUUCAACCUGUGGAUCCUUUGUGUUCUCCUGUCACUGACCACUCUGGUCCCGGCACUGGAGAAUGGUCUGGCCAGGACACCACCGAUGGGCUGGUUGGCGUGGGAGCGAUUCAGAUGCAACACUGACUGCAAGAAUGAUCCCGACAACUGCAUAAGUGACCGUCUCUUCCGGACUAUGACAGACAUAGUAGUGGCCGAAGGAUAUGCCGCGGUAGGCUAUGAGUACAUUAAUGUAGACGACUGUUGGUUGGAGAAAGAAAGAGACUUACGUGGACAGCUUGUACCAGACAGAGAAAGGUUCCCAUAUGGCAUGAAGAGUCUGUCAGAUUAUGUGCAUUCAAAGGGCCUGAAGUUUGGCAUUUAUGAGGACUAUGGUAAUUACACCUGUGCCGGUUACCCGGGUAUUUUGGGUUAUUUGGACGUAGAUGCUGCUACAUUCGCAUCCUGGGAUGUGGACUAUGUGAAAUUAGACGGAUGUUACUCACAUCCGUCCGAUAUGGACAGAGGCUAUCCCGAGUUUGGAUUUCACCUGAAUCAAACUGGAAAACAAAUGAUCUACUCCUGCAGCUGGCCUGUUUAUCAAAUCUAUGCUGGUAUGCAGCCAAACUACACAGCAAUAGCUGAACACUGCAAUCUCUGGCGCAACUUCGACGACAUUCAAGAUUCCUGGGCUAGCGUGGAAAGCAUCAUCGAUUACUACGGUAACAAUCAAGACACGAUCGUGUCCAUCGCCGGUCCUGGACAUUGGAAUGAUCCGGAUAUGUUGAUUAUCGGCAACUUCGGAUUGAGCUAUGAACAGAGCAAAACGCAAAUGGCGAUCUGGGCUAUAUUAGCGGCGCCAUUGCUUAUGUCUGUAGAUCUCAGAACAAUCAGACCGGAAUACAAAGCUAUCUUGCAAAAUAAGAAAAUUAUUGCUGUAGAUCAAGAUCCGCUAGGUAUUCAAGGUCGAAGGAUAUACAAACACAAAGGCAUCGAGAUUUGGGCUAGGCCCAUCACUCCGAUUUAUCAAACCUACUAUUCCUACGCAAUCGCGUUCGUCAACAGGCGAACAGACGGCACGCCAUCGGACGUGUCGGUCACACUAAAAGAGCUGGGUUUGCAGUACCCGGGAGGAUAUCGAGUGGAGGAUCUGUACGAGGACGUGGACUACAGCGUACUGACACCGCAGACCAAGAUUAAGGUCAAAGUAAACCCAUCCGGUGUGGUGAUCUUGCGAUGUGAUCUAAACAUAGAAGACGUGUUUCGCUACUCGCAGUAUUCGUCUUUAAAUCAAGUCUACAAAGUUAGGCAAAAUUCAUUUAAAUGAUCGUACGCGUCUGAAGUAUUACCAAAUUUCGCGUUUUUUUUAUAUGCGUUACAUAUAUGUUCUUUAUUAACAUAUUAUAUAAGGCAUAAUAGGAAAU